AUGCUACACUCAAACUCCCUAAUCGGAAAGUCAAAUCCGGCAGCAUAUCAUUUCACUAAAUACAUAUCUUCAAUAAAUUAUGCUAAUUUCUUGCAUAGUCAACCCAAAACGGCGUCAUUUAAUGAUUUGAUCCCGAGUUUCAUCAAAGCCCAGGAAUUUCCCAAUAACGUGGCUAUCCGUGAUAAAUUUCGCUCCCACAGUUACGGAGAUCUCCUGACAAAAUCUCAUCAAUUGUCUCAUUUUAUAAAAAAGAAACUUAAUGAUAAUCGCUCAGGUGCAAAAAAAGUGAGUGCCUUACUAUGCCCCAACGAUUCGAGGUACGUUGUUUCCAUGUGGGGCUCAUGGAUGGCCGGUAGUUUGGUCUUACCCAUGUCCGGCAAACAUCCGGAGAAUUUGUUGAAUUAUUUUUUGCAAGAUAGCUCGACAAAUGUCCUCAUUACGACGGAGGAGUACCGCCAUGUUGCUCAAAAGUUGAAAGACAAAAAUCCCAAUGUAUAUAAUAUAUUUUUCAUGGUCAAGGUCACUGAGGAUUUGAUGGACCGACCGGCCCUCAUUGUUUACACCAGUGGCACUACGGGGAAUCCCAAAGGAGCUCUCCAUACCCACCGGACCAUAAGCACCAUGAUUCACGGAAUGAUUGACAGGUGGGGGUGGAGUCAGGACGACGUCAUUCUACACGCCCUGCCACUUAAUCAUGUGCAUGGGGUCAUAAAUGCCCUCCUGACUCCGUUGACCUCUGGGGCCUGUUGCGUCAUGCUGCCUAAGUUUGACCCGGAAUUAGUCUGGGAUAUGAUAUUGAAUAGGAAAACAUCAACAACCUCAACAAAACAUCAACAACAACGUCAACAGCAACAUCAACAACAACAUCAACAACGAUCCAAUCCCAACAUAUUUAUGGGCGUUCCGACAAUGUACAAUAUGUUGAUUGACAGCUUGCAGCAGAAGGUUGAAGGUGAGCGGUGGAAACUUUCCGAUAGAGAUAGAAAUAAGUUUUUAGGCGCUGUUAAAAAUUUCUGCCAGGAAAAUAUCAGAUUAUUCGUAUCAGGUUCUGCCCCAUUACCACUGCCAAUCAUUCAAAAGUGGGAGGAGCUAACAGGCCACACGCUGUUGGAAAGGUAUGGGAUGACCGAAUUAGGCAUGGUGUUCACUAACUUUCUUAAUGGGCCAAGAGAACCAGGCUAUGUUGGAAGGCCAUUCCCAUUGGUCGACGUAGCAAUUGCUAAAAAUAUCAACCAAUCAGAGAGAGGUUAUGAAAUUUUAUCAGUUGGCAAUGAAGACGGUACGAAAGUUUUCACUGAUGGCAAUGAAGUAACUGGAGAAUUGUUAGUGAAGGGUGGUACGGUUUUCAGCGGCUACCUCAAUAAAGAAGAAGCUACUUCACAAGCGUUCACCAGUGACGGCUGGUUUAUUACAGGUGACACAGUUUCUUACAGCCAAUCAAAAGACUCCUACAAAAUUCUAGGUCGUACUUCCGUUGACGUCAUCAAACAUGGCGGCUUCAAAUUAAGCGCCUUGGAAAUUGAGAACUACCUACUCAAGCACGAAAACAUUAGGGAGGUCGCCGUCCUCGGGGUCAAGGACGAAAAAUGGGGUCAAAAGGUGUUUGCCGUGGUGGUGCUCAAAAAUAGGGAUGUGCCGUUUAACGUCGAUGACGUCAGAAAAUGGUGCCGAUUGCACAUGGCCAGUUAUCAGGUACCGAGCGAUUUUCGAGUUGUCGACGAUCUACAGAGAAAUGCAAUGGGAAAGAUCAACAAGAAAAUACUGUUGUCACUAUACGCCAGAGAUUGAAAUGGGAUGAUGGUGAUGACGACUACGAAGAUGGCGGUUGUGGUGAUGAGACGAUAUCGAUGAAAAUGAUGAAGAGGAUGAAAAUGAUGAAGAGGAUGAAAAUGAUGAAGAGGAUGAUGAAGAGGAUAUGAUGCAACAGGCAAUGAUAUAAAUAGAUGAUCAGUACCAUUGAAAUCUAACCAAUUUCAUUUGUUUUUUUUUUUGGAGAGUAGAAAUUAAUUUGAAAUA